CUACGCAUCUCCCUCCUUCUGCUUUCCCCUUUCCCUUGCUUUCUCCACACACCACCCAAUGUCUAAUUCCUCGGCGAUUCCUCGCUUCGUCUUAUUCUUUUUCUCGACGCUGCUGUUGCUUCUCGAACCUGCUAGCUGCCGGGCUCGACCAUGGGAUCCAGCGAUCCGUAUGCCGACGGAUAAGCAAGAAUCGGAGGAAGACGGCGAUGAAAUCAGCACUAGGUGGGCUGUUCUUGUAGCUGGUUCUGCUGGAUACGGAAACUACCGGCACCAGGCAGAUGUAUGCCAUGCAUAUCAGUUACUUAAAAAAGGGGGACUUAAGGAUGAAAACAUAGUGGUUUUCAUGCAUGACGAUAUUGCUACAAGUGAAUUCAAUCCAAGGCCUGGUGUUAUUAUUAACCAUCCACAAGGCGAAGAUGUGUACGCCGGUGUCCCUAAGGACUACACGAAAGAGCAGGUCAAUACGAAGAACUUGUAUGCGGUUCUCCUUGGCAAUAAGAGUGCUGUUGAAGGUGGAAGUGGAAAGGUUGUCAAUAGCAAAGCCAACGACCGGAUCUUCAUAUACUACUCUGAUCAUGGGGGCCCAGGAGUGCUUGGAAUGCCCAACAUGCCUUUCCUCUAUGCUGUGGAAUUCAUUGAUGUUUUGAAGAAGAAACAUGCAUUGGGUGGCUACAAGGAGAUGGUUAUCUAUGUGGAAGCAUGUGAAAGUGGGAGUAUUUUCCAAGGCUUGAUGCCGGAAGACCUCAACAUCUAUGUCACAACAGCAUCAAAUGCAGAAGAGAGUAGUUGGGGAACUUACUGUCCUGGAAUGGAUCCGCCUCCGCCUCCAGAGUACAUAACUUGCUUAGGAGACUUGUAUAGCAUUGCAUGGAUGGAGGACAGUGAGGCUCACAAUCUGAAGCAGGAAACAGUACUAGAACAGUAUGUGGCGGUAAAAGAUCGGACAUCCAACUACAACACUUACAAUGCUGGAUCGCACGUGAUGGAAUACGGGAGCAAAGACAUUAAAGCCGAGAAGCUGUAUUUAUAUCAAGGUUUCAUCCCAGCCAAUGCAAACAUAACUCAGAAUACACUUCACCGCUACACUCACACAGAAGCCAUCAAUCAAAGAGAUGCAGAUCUGCUCUUUUUGUGGCAUAGGUACAAACAAUCAAAUGAUGGGUCUGAAAAGAAGAUGGAAAUUCUCAAGGAGAUUGCAGAGAUCACAAAACACAGAAUGCAUCUUGACAGCAGUGUGGAGCUUAUUGGAAAGCUUCUCUUUGGAUUGGAAAGAGGUCCUUCCAUCCUUGGAAAAGUAAGACCAUCCACUCAGGCGCUUGUCGAUGACUGGGGUUGCCUCAAAGACAUGGUUCAAGUGUUUGAGACUCAUUGUGGGUCACUCACACAAUAUGGCAUGAAGCAUAUGCGAGCUUUUGCGAACAUCUGCAACGGAGGAAUCUCCAAGGAUGCAAUGGAGGUGGCUUCAAUGGGUGCAUGCAGCAGCUACAAUCCAGGGACUUGGAGUGCAUCAACCCGAGGUUAUAGUGCUUGAUCCUAGUUAGAGCUACUUGUUUUAGCCUUUGUAAGUAGUCUCUUUUAGUAAGCUAGGGUAAGCAAGUUCAUAUCAUGUUGCAGGUAGAUGUGAAUGUACUACUUCUCCAUGGAAUGCAUCAGUCCAUCUCAUGCAUGCAAAUUAGCUUGAUAUGCUUCUAUUUGGUAGGUUAGCUUCCAUCAUAAUCCUGAAAUCAGAUAUAAUGAAUUAUCUAAAUCUAUGGAUGGUUAAGGUAUAUUGUCAAGCGGGCCCACAAUUUGGCUAGUUGGGGUCACAUA